AUGUGCAGGAUUCUGGGGGCCGAACAAAGGAUGCUACGGGAGGACCCAGACGCAGAUCAGGUGCGCAGACUGGUCGUCGGAGCGGGGGACCACCUCAUGCGCUCCAUCGGAGCCGCGUCCGCCUCACAGGCCGCGCGAGCGGCCAUGUCGGCGGCGGUCAGCGGUCAACGGCCGCCGACCCGCGAAGAGCACGACCGCGCCGUCUUCGACUGGAUCCCCUCGCCGCGGAGGGGCCUGGGGGAUCCCGCUGCCCGGCGCGGGGAUUGGCGGGGCGAGGACGAGCCAGGAGAGCACUCGGGCGCCCACGCGCAGGGAUAG